CAAUGAAGUAGAUAGGAGACUUCUUAUAUCUGUGGAACAAGUUAAUAACCCAAGGAGGUUUGUUCCAGAUUCUGUUACUCGAGAUAUUACAUCGGAGCUAUUCAUGAGGAUGCCUAAUGCAGCAGCAAAUUGGAAAAAUUAUUCUGCUGAUAUGAAAGAAAUAUUGUUCAAUGAUUUUAUGAACAAGCAUCGUUUUGCAUCAGAUUACGAUCGCAGUAUGGCAAGGAAGGUUUGGGAUUUGACAUGCAUGGAUCGAUAUCCUGACUAUCUAUCUAAGGCAAGGACAAAGGCAAAACAAAGGGAAAAUUCAGAUAAUAUUGAAGACUUAAAGGGUCAUGGGCCAAGAGGUAUAAGGACUGAGAUGUGGGACGGAUUAGUAGAUAUAUGGGCAACACAAGAGUGGAAAAGGAAAUCUAUUGCGGGUAAAAAUAAUAGGGCUUCCAAACCUGAUGCUAUGGUGCACACUGGAGGGUCAAGAAGCUUUGGACGACACUUAAGAAAAAUGGAAGCAGAGCAUAAACGUCCUAUUUCUUAUGGUGAAUUGUACAACAAAGUUCAUAAAAGAAAAGAUGGUGAAUAUGUCUCUAACAAAGCCAAAAAUUUCAUUGAAUCAUAUGAAAAUGCUAUGGCUGAAAAGUAUGGGGAAGACGCAUCAAAGCAUCCUAUAGUUGACACUGAUGUUUGGACACAAAUUUCUGGUGAAAAUAAGAAAGGUCCCUCUACCACACCUGUUAGAGAAGACAUCACUACAUUAGCUACACAAAUGUCUCAAAUGCAAGAACAGAUGCAGUCACAAUUGAAUCUACAAACACAAUCCCAAAUGCAAUUGCAGACACAACUACAAGCACAGAUGGAGGCACAAGCACAAUAUAUGCAGGCACAAUUGAAGGCACAAGCUGAUAUGCAAGCACAAAUGCAGGCACAAAUGAAGGCACAAGCAGAAAUGCAAGCACUUUUGCAACAACAAAUGCAGGAACAAAUGCAGGCACAAAUGCAGUUUUUGAGGAAAGAGAUAUUACCUGCCUUAAAGAUGCCAUCACCAUCAUCAGUCAAAAAACUUGGGAAGAAUCAAGAAUGAAAAUGUUGAAUUCUAGUUUUUUUUUAUAUUUACAUUAGCAUUGUUAACUCACUUGAAGAGUUUUAUUAUAUUAGUUGCUAUUGAGUAUUUUUAUUAUGUUAGUUGGUAUUGAAUAUUUUUAUUAUGUUGGUAAUUCAGAAUUGUUUUAGUUA